CCCCCCCCCCCACCACUACUUUCGCCCGCUCCUAUCAAACCAACAGUUUCCCUUUUCUUCCUCCAUCCCUCGAUCUACUAUCUUCUUCUUGGUUUUUUUCGUGAUCCCAUCACACAUAUCUCAUUAAACCAUGGCCGAUUCUCUGACCGAAGAGCAAGUCUCCGAGUACAAGGAGGCCUUCUCCCUCUUUGACAAGGAUGGCGAUGGACAAAUUACCACCAAGGAGUUGGGUACCGUUAUGCGUUCCCUCGGCCAGAACCCCUCCGAGUCUGAGCUCCAGGAUAUGAUCAACGAGGUCGACGCUGACAACAACGGCACUAUCGACUUCCCCGAAUUCCUUACCAUGAUGGCCCGUAAGAUGAAGGAUACCGAUUCCGAGGAGGAGAUCCGUGAGGCUUUCAAGGUCUUCGAUCGCGAUAACAACGGCUUCAUCUCUGCCGCGGAAUUGCGCCACGUCAUGACCUCAAUUGGCGAGAAGCUCACCGAUGACGAAGUCGAUGAGAUGAUCCGUGAGGCGGACCAGGACGGUGACGGCCGUAUUGACUACAAUGAGUUUGUCCAGCUCAUGAUGCAAAAAUAGAUGGCUGUUAAUAUCCAAUUUGUUUAAUUUUUGUUAGCGAAAGGGUAGGGGCAGAGAAGUGUACUCCGCAGUAACCCAUCUCAUUCCUGAUACAGUUUCUUGUAGUCUAUCUAUUCGAGUACGGUCACCAGGGGUUGGGCAUUAGCGCGCUCUCCAUUGUCAUAGUCGUUUUGUCGUCAUUGUUGCAAACAAUAUUAGCGCCGACAUGAACCCUAGACCAAGCCCGGUCGUGUCAAAUGAGGGACAACAAUACCUGUGUGCUCCACAGAUAUUGAAUUCCCUUGGUUUGGCCGAGGAUGCUUGGGAUUGCAUGUCCAGGUCCUUAUGCCCUCGUAACAGGCUGCUUCUCGCUGCUAGCCCUCUUGUCA